UGAAAAUGUCGAGCACCAAAGGAAAGAGAUCAAUUGAACAUCUGCAUCCCAUCAGGAAUUCGUGCAACAACAUUUCUUACAACAUGUCAUCGCCCGGUGACUCCAGGAAGAUUUCCUCAAAUAAUUCCCCGCACAAAAAAACGAAUUGUGUCAACGUCGUUGAAGAUGCUGGCGUCCAGCAGUUUCUUAACAACGACAACUUCACGACCAACAUUGGAGAAGAUCGUACAUUUGAAAACCAUGCAGCUGAAAAGCCCAUGAUUGAUAUCUAUGCGGAUUCGUACUACGAAAACUUGACCAACAAAUCCUCGGUCAACAACUCAUCAUCGUCAGCCAACAAACCGGAAUAUUACAACUAUUUAAAAAGUCCUUCUACCCAUCAAGAUAACUGCGGCUACAACUGUGGAGACGAUUGUUGUUAUGAUGGGGAGGCUGCAAACAACCCCACCAACUUCAGCAAUCACCACCUGACACAACAUCUUCUCAAAAAAUCCGUCCCAGUACCGCGCUCCCUACGCCACAAGUACCAUUCCUAUGCUAAUGAAGUUAAGAGACCAAGUAGUGCACAUAAAAAUCCACAACUGCAGAAAGCGGCCACAGUGACAGGCAACUACAACGACUUUUGCUACUCUGACGACAAUUUCGAAAGAGGGGGAGCAGACCCACCCAUACCAUCACGGAGACCUCAGACGUCUGCCGUCAUCGACAACUACAACUGUUGUGAUCAGAAGCCCAUGUUGGCACCCCGCGUCGUAAGGAGCAGCAGGGAGCCCACCACCUUCAAUCAUCUUUCGGACCUUCGACCAGAUGAAUAUUUCAUCAAGGAGAAAGUAAGUUACCUGCAGCUGGAUUUGAACCCAUGUACGGAGACGCAACGAUCCUUGCUGUGCAGCACCGCAAGCCAUCAUGGCAACCUUGGUGACGUCAUUCAAUCAAGAUCGAAGCAUGAGUGCGCAAUGAACUACAAGGAAAUUGAUUGGCUAAAAACGAAAGCCUUGCUGGAGACGAGGAAUGGCAGGUUAUGGUGGCAGGGUUCAGUUGAAGUGAAUUUUAAAUUAGAAUUGAACGUCUUCGACUUCGUACGGUCAAGAGGAAUUACUUUGACUUUUCAGCUCAACGAAAUAAGACAUCAACACAUAUAAUUUAUUUAAUGAAUACGAUAAAUAACGUUUGCUAUUGCACAAUUACUGUAGGUAACUGAAGCACGUGAUUUGAUGCUAUUUAAAAAAAUCAUGAAUUAAUUAAAUUGUUUGGUCGACAAUUUUCCAUAUCUGUUUAUCAGAGAACUAUUGUAAUCAUGGAUAUAUAUAUAUUAUAUAUAUCCAUGAUUGUAAUUGUAAAUAAGACAAUUUACUUAAUUUUUUUCUCACGCGCGCACGCACACACACACAAACACACACAUAUAUAUAUUUGUUCAAUAUUAUAUAUAUAUAUAUAUAUAUAUAUAUAUAUAUAUAUGCUGUAUAUUUUAUACAGCAUUGUAUGAAUUCUAUCGAAUUGUUGGCAUUAAUCAAUUUAAAGUUUGUCUCUUCAAUUUUAUUUACUAAAAUUUUUUGGAUGUUGUUCAAUUUAUUGAGAACAGAAUUAUUAUCCAAGUUCAUCAUGGGAGUUUGUCGAAACAAAUAGAUGCUACCAUCAAAUAUGAACUCAACCAAGCUCAAGACAAAAGACUCAAUACUGAUAAAUACACCUCAAGGCUUAAAUUUCAUAAAAAGUUGAUAACAAUUUUCAUGAUGGACUUGGAUAAUGAUUUUAUCAAUAAAUUGAUUAAUUUCCAGAAAAUUUUAGAUCGAUUAAUGCCAACAAUUCACUAGAAUGCUUACAAUACUGUACAUCUUCAUCACUAUGUAACCAAUAUCGACAAGUUGAUUUAGCGAUAAUAAAUACUGUUGCU